GACUAAGAAAGCAGAAUAGAGCGCCGCAAUGACCCUAUCAACAUAAAAGUACAAAUUCUCUAAGGAGGACCGUCCGAUCCGCCACCACGUCACCGAUCCGCGUGAAUUCGCAUUUCAACGGCUCCGAUCGCGGUUGCAGAGCUACUGAAAAUAAAAGAUUUUUUUUCGAGAAAGUGUUUUCUGAGUCGACGAGGAUGAAGGUGAUGGAGGACCAGGUAGAAUUCGAAGAGGAAGAGGAGGUUUUGGUUUUGUACGAAGAAGGCGGUGAAGACGAGGCCGUCGAUGGCGCGGAAGAAGGUGAAGAGGAGGAGGACGGUGAUGAUGACGAUGAGGACGAAGAUGAUGAUGAUGAUGAUGAGGAUGAAGAUGAUGACGGUGAUGUACAGGAGGUUGUACCUUCCUCCGGUGGUCCUCCGGUGCAGUCUGUAGAUGAUGACGAGGACGACGAUGAGGACGACGACGACGAUGAUGAGGAUGGCGAUGACGAUGAUGAUGAUGGUGAAGGCGAUGAUGACGAUGACGACGACGACGAAGAUGAAGAUGAGGAAGCUCAAGGGGAGGAGGAUCUGGGAACUGACUACCUUGUCAGGCCAGUAGGCCGUGCCGAGGAUGAGGAAGAUGCCAGUGAUUUUGAACCGGAGGAGAACGGUGAGGAGGAAGAUGUUGAGGAAGAGGAUGAAGAUGACGAUGAUGGUGAUGCCGGUGGGAAGGUUGAUGCUCCAGCAAAGAGGAAGAGGUCGGGUAAAGAUGAUUCGGACGAUGAUGACGGUGGAGAGGAUGACGAGAGACCAUCCAAGCGAUAGGGUUCGGCCUACCUUGGUUUGAGGUCUGACCAUUGAAACAUAGGUCAAUCUCUCUCUUUCUCUCUUUCUUAAAUCCAUCUCCUCUUUGUAGAAAGAAGGAUACAAUGGUUCAUGGUUUCCGUUCUUAGUUGGUGUAUUAUCAAGGUAGCAGUUAGGGUCAUGAGUCUCAUCUGGUAAUGCCUAGUUGUUAUGUGGGGGUUGAAGAACUCUGGUUUAGGAUUUUUCUGUAAGUUAUGGAUUUAGAUGAGGUUGUAGACUUUGGAAGACUUUAUCAUCAUCUAUUAGGUUGACUGCAGAUUUUCUAGGUUGGGUCCUUGUGCUUUAUUUUUCUGGAUUGUUGAACGGUUGGUGGAUCUUAUAUGGUUUUUAUGUGAUGUUGUUUUUAAAAUUUUGAUUUCA